CACAAUGCACCUAACGCCAUUGUGACCUGCGACCCGCACUCUAAAGUCACAUUGAGAGAAAGACGCAAACAAACGUUUUACUUCUCAUUCAACUUUAUUAACAACAGAGAAGGCGGAAAGUGUUUCAUUCCAGGUUUAACCAUGAACCAAGACCCAGCCAAAAAGAGGUUUCCUGCUUCUCCUGCAUCUAUGUUUGGGAUGGUGUCUUCAGAUAUUAUUGAAGAUGUUCUUGUAGACUUAGCAAAGGAAAAUGAACAAAGUUUGGCUAACUUGUCAGAAUAUGCUGGUUCGUUUAAAGAUCCGAGAGUUAUUGAAAUAAUAUUCCUUUUGUCAGAAUACUGGGGUCAAGACAGCUCUACAAAGUACCAAGCAGUGGAAAUAUUAGAUAGGUUUAUGAUCUUGCAUGUAGAAGAGGUUUAUAAGUCCAGUGCCGAAUACAGGAAUAUUAUGGAAAGGUCCCAGGCUGAACCAUGGAACUCACUGAAAAUCCGACUGUGUGACACAUUCAUGCUUCACCUUGCAUCCUGUGUUCUAAUUGCAAGCAAGCUGUACUUCCAUUGCCAUAUUGUCGAUUACAAUAUAGCCCUGAAGUUCUUUGGGUCAGCAGGCUACGCGUACACUAAAGCGGAGUUACUGAGAUCUGAACUCACAGUAUUAAGGACUUUAGAUUUCCGUGUAAACCUUCUGUCACCUUUCAGCUAUGUAGAAAUGCUUUUAGAAGUUUUAGGGCACAAUAACUGCUCUCUCUCACUGAAGAGCUUACGUGAAAUGUGCAUUAUGAUUUUGGAUCUGGUUUAUCUAGUAAGAAACAUCAUUUAUGAUAUGAUACUGAAGACAUCAACAGACCUUCAGUCACCAACUGCCUUACAGAGGAUAAAAUUUCUGCCUGUAAAGGAAGAUCAGAUGCUCUUGGCUGCCAGUGUUAUUUCUGCAGGUGCUUUCAUAUUGGGCCACGACUCCUGGAAUCAGGUUCUGGAUCACUUACACUGCAUAACAGGAAUUACAGUAAAUAGCCUUUUUGACAUGUCCUCUGCCAUAUUAAAACAUUCCAUUGGCACUGCGAUGUUGCCCAAGCAUUAAUACUGGAAUCGUCUUCAAGAAAUAUUUCUCCUGUGGUACACCCCUCUCCUGUCCAGGAAGUUGCAGAGCUUUAUAAGUAAUAAAAAAAGGUCAGCCUUCUUAAAAUAGACGAAAUAAACAUUCAUUUGAAAACAUAAA